ACAAGAGCUUCAAGGUGUGCCAUAAUCAGUUGGUUGCUAUCUUUGGUGAACAGUGUCACUGGUUGAUUCUAAAAUGGAGAUGAACUUACUAGAUGUUGACAAUGAAAACAGUUCUGUGUGGUUUUAAGGGCCAUCCAAAUACAAAUCAAAACAGAUUCAACUUUUAAGAAAAUAUUGAGUUUAAAUAUGUUGCCUGAUGGUUGUGUUAAUUGUUAUUGCUUUCUAUUGAGAUCUUAUUUAUGAGAUCUGAUUGUGUGACUCCUGGUGUCAAAAACUGUUGACAAGAAUAUUCCCAUUUUGUGGUGGAGACAAAGUACAACUACAAUUAUAUGUGAACAUAUCUUACUGUUGAUCAGCUAACAAUGAUUCAUUCACGGAAACAAUUUAUGCUUUAUGGAUAUUAUGACAAUGAAAGCGACGAUGACGGUAAGCUAGAUGCCUUUAAAUGAUGUAGUGGAAAGGUUGUGUUUGACAGCACUAAUGUAGCAACUUGUUUGUUUUUAUAUCCCAGCUACCAGUAUGAUAUCCCAUUCUCCAGCUACGAGUAUGAUAUCCCAUACUCCAGCAACCAGUAUGAUAUUCUAUACUCCAGCUACCAGUAUGAUAUACCAUACUCCAGCUACCAGUAUGAUAUACCAUGUCCCAGCUACCAGUCUGAUAUCCCAUACUCCAGCUGCCACUAUGAUAUCCCAUACUCCAGCUACCAGUAUGAUAUCCCAUACUCCAGCAACCAGUAUGAUAUCCCAUACUCCAGCUACCAGUAUGAUAUCCCAUACUCCAGUUACCAGUAUGAUAUCCCAUAUUCCAGCUACCAGUAUGAUAUCCUAUACUCCAGCUACCAGUAUGAUAUCCUAUACUCCAGCUACCAGUAUGAUAUCCCAAUAAAUAUAAAAUAAAUAAGAAUUUAAAGUCAACUGCUUGAUUUCCAGUGUACUAUGGGGAGGGCUGCGUUCACGUAGAGAUAAUAUGAAAUAUAAAACAGCGAGUUAGGGAAAUUCUUCCAGGUUUCACCCUACAUUGUACGUUAGACUUAUUUCAAACCAGUUUUGAAGGAAUUUGAAAUUGUUUUUAGGUAUAGAUCAAAACUGAGUGUACUGGCAAAGUCAAAACAUUGUUCAAAUUAAACAUAGUCAAACAAAUGCAUCCAUAUUUUUUUUUUAUUAUUAAGAAAAGAAUGGAAUGCAUUAUUUAGUUCCGAUUUAACUCGGUGACAAAGGGAUUUAUAAAAAUGCUUGUCCUUGACCUUAAUAUCUCCCUUGCUCCAAGUGUCCCAUCAUGUCAGGGAAUUGGAGCAUGGAACAAGCGGUUCAAGUCCUAUUAUUUUAAAAUCACUCAAUUCAUCAAUUUCAUCAUUGUCCAGAUUAUUGAAUGAACAGAAUUCAGCUGAUUGCCACCGCAUACAUACAUGCAUAGUUUGCAUUGUAUUGUAACGGUCUAAAUGUGCAGUCCUGGCAUUGUUCUUCAUAGCCACUGCAUACAUACAUGCAUAGCUUGCAUUGUAUUGUAACGGCUCUAAAUGUACAGUCCUAGCAUUGUUCUUCAUAGCCACCGCAUACAUACAUGCAUAGCUUGCAUUGUAUUGUAACGGCUCUAAAUGGACAGUCCUAGCAUUGUUCUUCAUAGCCACCGCAUACAUACAUGCAUAGCUUGCAUUGUAUUGUAACAGCUCUAAAUGGACAGUCCUAGCAUUGUUCUUCAUAGCCACCGCAUACAUACAUGCAUAGCUUGCAUUGUAUUAUAACAGCUCUAAAUAGACAGUCCUAGAAUUGUUCUUCAUAGCCACCGCAUACAUACAUGCAUAGUUUGCAUUGUAUUGUAACGGGUCUAAAUGUGCAGUCCUGGCAUUGUUCUUCAUAGCCACCGCAUACAUACAUACAUGCAUAGCUUGCAUUGUAUUGUAACAGCUCUAAAUGGACAGUCCUAGCAUUGUUCUUCAUAGCCACCGCAUACAUACAUGCAUAGCUUGCAUUGUAUUGUAACAGCUCUAAAUGGACAGUCCUAGAAUUGCUCUUCAUAGCCACCGCAUACAUACAUGCAUAACUUGCAUUGUAUUGUAACAGCUCUAAAUGGACAGUCCUAGCAUUGUUCUUCAUGUUUGUUAUGUACAAUAUCUAAUAACUGAAAGGAGCAGGGGAGGCUAAUGAAGUGUGGCAAGGGAGGUGAUACGUGAGUAGUUAUUGCUACCUUCGUUAAUAAGCACUGUCAAUACUUUACGCAUCUGUUGGUAUAGUUUGGUAGAGUGACAAUAGCCACUGUCAAUACUUUACACAUCUGUUGGUAUAGUUUGGUAGAGUGACAAUAGCCACUGUCAAUACUUUACGCAUCUGUCGGUAUAGUUUGGUAGAGUGACAAUAGCCACUGUCAAUACUUUACACAUCUGUUGGUAUAGUUUGGUAGAGUGACAAUAGCCACUGUACACAUUGUGCAUCUAUUGAUAUUUUACAGGGCCAAGGCCUUAAUUUUGUUUCCCACCAUAUCUCCAUAUUUAAUGUCAAUCUAGAAGGUGGGGUGGGGUGCUUUGCAUCCCAUUCCUGUUUGUGUUAUGUGUCACCCUGUUUGUGUUAUGUGUCACCAUGUAAUAUUUGCACUGAAAGGUAUUUCCCCCUUUUCUUUUAUUCCUAGAUUUCUUACUGCCUGAUGACCUCUAGAGCACUAAUUCCCACUACCAAAAGUACAUUUCCCUUGCCCCAUGUUGUUAAGUCCAUCCUAUCUUCCAAUGCAUGUUUAUUCUGACGCUGGUAUGUUGUUGUUUUUUUUGCCCUCGCUUUUUUUUCUCACUUGCUUAGUGUUAAUUGAAGAGACUAGUCCUUAAGCAGACUAGUCAUUAAGCAGACUGGUCAUACAAAACUGUGGCUUAAAGUUAAAGGUGAUCCACGGAAUGACAGCGGAACUGCCAGGUGAUUUCACAGUAAAGCUUUAUGAUUUGUGCCAUGACGGUACUUUUGGGGUUUUCACGGGUUGUCAUGCUCUGAUAGGUUUUAGUGCUUCCUCUGAAUGAGCUACUUAGAAUUAAGUUAUCUUGUUUUGUCUUGUUGUUUUUUUCUUCCUUCUGUAGAUUGCUAACUGUCAAAGUUGGAUGGGUCUUUUAUGCAAAUAGAAUUUUAUGGGAAUGAAUGGAAUUUCCCUGCUAUCAUGUAUUUUAACUUCUUUGUUGGAAGGGGUGGGGCAACUGUUUCUUAUUAUUUGUUUGAAACAGUUUUGUUCUUGUUCUAUAACUUACAUUUGCUUGAUUUAUCCAAUAAACCCUUCGCCUUCAGCUCUCUAACUUUGCACUAAAAAAUAUCAUUUUAAUCUGACUAACAGUGAAAGCAGUUAUUAAGAUGACAUUUCGACCUAACUGACUGGGAACAUCAUUUGCUUUGAUUUGCUCUUUAAGGUUUCAUAACAAAAUUCCGAGUUUUUACCUUUUAAUAAAUUGGGAAGUUUUAAUGUUGGCUUUUACUUUUCUGUUUGUUUAAAUUCAACUGCCCAGAUCCUCUUUUGUUUUUAAAAUCAACUGCCCAGAUCGUCUUUGGUUUUUAAAAUCAACUGCCCAGAUCCUCUUUUGUUUUUAAAAUCAACUGCCCAGAUCGUCUUUUGUUUUUAAAAUCAACUGCCCAGAUCGUCUUUUGUUUUUAAAAUCAACUGCCCAGAUCGUCUUUUGUUUUUAAAAUCAACUGCCCAGAUCCUCUUUUGUUUUUAAAAUCAACUGCCCAGAUCGUCUUUUGUUUUUAAAAUCAACUGCCCAGAUCCUCUUUUGUUUUUAAAAUCAACUGCCCAGAUCGUCUUUGGUUUUUAAAAUCAACUGCCCAGAUCGUCUUUGGUUUUUAAAAUCAACUGCCCAGAUCGUCUUUUGUUUUUAAAAUCAACUGCCCAGAUCGUCUUUUGUUUUUAAAAUCAACUGCCCAGAUCGUCUUUUGUUUUUAAAAUCAACUGCCCAGAUCGUCUUUUGUUUUUAAAAUCAACUGCCCAGAUCGUCUUUUGUUUUUAAAAUCAACUGCCCAGAUCGUCUUUUGUUUUUAAAAAUAUGAUUUUGCCAUCUGUUGAAUAAUCGUCCUUUAAUCUUAAAUUGGAGCCAUCGUCUCACCCUUACAAGAUUCUCUAAUCCCUGACGCCAUCUUUAAUCAGUUAGAACUGACUACUCUUCUAUGAUAUGUUGACAGUAAAAUUUUGAAAUAUCGGAACCUGUCUACUUUUUAACUAGUCUAUACCUUUCUGUGUAAAUACAUAAUUACAUAAGUCAACAUCUCCAUAAUUUUCAAAGGGUCAGUUUACAUCUUGAUAAGCCAACGGAUUGUUUUACCUGUCCAAAACUGAAAUUGCAGCGCUCGCACUUAUUGAACUGAUGUUAAAUUUAACUCCACAGUGAACUCCGAAGCCAAUGCCAGGAGGAUAAACAACGUAGAGCAAUGUUUUGGAUCUUCUGGCCAGGUGAGCAUAGUUUUUUUGGAACAUAUUCUAUUGUUGACUUUGAAGGUUAUGUAAAGGAAAUAUCAUUGAAGUAUUCAUUAAAUAUCUGUUCAUUAUAAUUAUAACUAUUGAAUACUAAUUAAAUAUCUGUUAAUUUUAACUAUUGAAUACUAUUUAAGUAUCUGAAAUGAGAUUUUAACAUAAUUUUGCCAGUCUAUUUACACACUGAAAAAAGUCAUCUUAGAAAGUUUCUUGUUUUAGCCACUCAUCUUUUGGAUGCAUGACUUAUUUAGUUGUUAUCUCCUUUCAGCCACUCGGCAUACCCGGCCGGGUAUUAGUCGGCGAAGGUGUAUUAACAAAAAUGUGUCGCAAAAAGCCUAAGCCGCGCCAGUUCUUCCUCUUUAACGAUGCUCUAGUCUACGGAAAUAUUAUCAUUCACAAAAAAAAGGUAACAAUUUGUUGUUUGCCUAACCUAUGGGACAUCAAAAUUUGAAUCAUGGUGCUUGAUGGCCAUCAUGAAAUAUAAUUGAAAUGUAAUCCGCCUAUUAUUUAUCGUAAAAUUACUACUGUUGUUAAAUUGAUUGUCUUGAAAAUAGUAUAUGUUGAGGAGUAGAUAUUUUAUUCACUUAAAGUCUGUUGCUUGUGUGGAAAAUAUGGUAUCGUUAGAACAAUUAAUAAAAAACCUGAUUAAAUCUGACCAAUUUAAGGCCAAACCGUUUUUAAUUGAUUAGCCUGAACGCAGCAAAUGUGUCUUCUGGUCCGCUCAAUGGAAUAGUAGGGAUGCAUGAAUGAUUUGCCAGGAAUAUCAGAGAGUCAUAAGUAUGGAAUAGUACAAGAUUAUUUUAAUGGGGUGAACAUUUUUUAAGAGGAAUCCUCCCAUUUCUUCCCCAGUACAAUAAGCAACACAUAUUACCGCUGGAAGACGUCAAGUUAGACAACGUGGCCGAUGAAGGAAGUAGGUGCUAGACAUGAUUUUUAUGUUUAUGUUUAAAAAAGAAUGAAAUUAAGCUAAGUUUACACGGUCCAAGGUUUAGAAAAUCAGACAAUAAAAACCAGUGUUUGCUUGAUGCUCACAUUUCAGAUCUGCGCAAUGGUUGGAAGAUAAUGAGUCCCAGCAAGUCUUUCAUUGUCUAUGCAGCAACAGCAACAGAGAAAAAGGAGUGGAUGGCCCAUAUACGAAAGUGUGUCAAUGAUAUUUUAGCUCAAAGUAAGGAACUCCACUUACAGAAAUGAACAUUUUUGUUACAGUUGAACAAUUUUUUAAACACUAUUUCAAGAAAUAUGUCAGCUAGAUUUUCAUUUACCAACCCACUCCUAAUGACACCUACCCACUCCUAAUAACACCUACCCACUCCUAAUGACAUGUACCCACUCCUAAUGACACCUGCCCACUCCUCAUGACAGACACCUGCCCACUCCUCACCACAUUGAACUAUCCCACCAUCACUUUUACACUGACAGAAACAUGGCCAAGUAUUUACCAGUUUUGAUGGAAAUCAUUUUUUAUUUUCAUUUUAAUUCCCUUAUUUCUUUUUCUAUAUGGAUUAAAAAAAUUUUUUUUUAAAUUGAAUACAUUGAUUUUUCUAAAAAUGGAUCUAUUUUGACAAAGAGUGCUGGUCCAAUUACAUCAGAGCUUGAAGCUUAUCCUACUGUGCCGAAAUAUGUCCUAAAUGUUUUGUUGUCACCUUUGAACACUACAGGAGGUCUCCGCCAGAGCACAUCAAUAGACUCUCCGGUUUGGGUUCCUGAUUCAGAGGCCAAGACUUGUAUGCACUGUAGAAAGUCUGAGUUUACAGUCGUCAAUAGAAGGGUGAGCUACAUUGUCAGUCUUACUCUCAAGUUUUACCGUCCAGUUGCUAUAAACUUUUAUUAGUAUGUGGGGGUGGGGGGGCUGUUCGUACACCACUACUAGCAUUAUAUAAACCAAAUGUAUCAGAAUGUUUGAUCAAUAUUUAUUUCAACAGCUAGAUUAAACAAACAAAUCUGAAUGUUUAAACCAGAUCGUCUGCCUUUGAUUUGUGUGAAAGGCUCGUUGAGUUACUUUCUUUUACCUCAAGCUGUGAUUAUCAUACAUUUUCCCAUGCCAGCCAUAUUAUGCUACUACUUCUGUUUAUACUGAACAACCUUAGGGGCGCUUGUAUAUAAAGGGUGUCCACAUAAAAUAUGCAUAUAAUAUAUGUUUUUUCUGCACUUUUUGUCCCAAUGUGGCUUACCCACCCCAUCCUUCGGGGUAUAGACUGCGGCAAUUUUGAAAUACCAGGAAGUAUAACGGUUAUAAAGAGCAAAGAGUCAUUAGAUUUAAACUUAUGGGUCCAUCCAUAUAUUACGUAUGGCCCACUGCCACAACAGUAUGUCAUUCAAAUAUUACGUAUGACCCACUGCCACUACAGUAUGUCAUCCAUAUAUUAUGUAUGGCCCACUGCCAUGACAGUAUGUCAUUGAUAUAUUACGUAUGACCCACUGCCAUGACAGUAUGUCAUCCAUAUAUUAUGUAUGGCCCACUGCCAUGUCAGUAUGUCAUCCAUAUAUUACGUAUGGCCUACUGCCACGACAGUAUGUCAUCCAUGUAUUGCGUAUGUCCCACUGCCAUGACAGUAUGUCAUCCAUAUAUUACUUAUGGCCCACUGCCACGACAGUAUGUCAUCCAUGUAUUGCGUAUGUCCCACUGCCAUGACAGUAUGUCAUCCAUAUAUUACUUAUGGCCCACUGCCACGAUAGUAUGUCAUAUAAUUUACAAUUUGCCUAAUGGGGGGAUGAAAGCUUAUUUACAUACUCUUUAGGGGGGGGGGUGUUAAAAUUUGAAUUAUGCAAAUUUUUUAUAUAUACCAACAAAAUAAUUAGAGGGAAUUUUUAAUAAAGGUUUGGUUCUUUAUGAUUAUUUGUUCAAAUUUUGUUAAAGAGAUGAUCCAUCCAGGCACACAGCCACGAUAGUAUGUCAUAUAAUUUACAAUUUGCCUAAUGGGGGGAUGAAAGCUUAUUUACAUACUCUUUAGGGGGGGGGGGUGUUAAAAUUUGAAUUAUGCAAAUUUUUUAUAUAUACCAACAAAAUAAUUAGAGUGAAUUUUUAAUAAAGGUUUGGUUCUUUAUGAUUAUUUGUUCAAAAUGUGCUAAAGAGAUGAUCCAUCCAGGCACACAGGCAGUGGGGGGUAGAGCAGCAUGUUCAAAAUGACCUAAAGAGAUGAUCCAUCCAGGCACACAAACAGUGGGGGGUAGAGCAUCAUGUUCAAAAUGACCUAAAGAGAUGAUCCAUCCAGGCACACAGGCAGUGGGGGGUAGAGCAGCAUUAGAGAUCCUCCUUCACACCCUGCUUCCGUCUGGUGGCAUUUGAACACACACCCCUUAAAUCUAUGUGGAUGACCUUUAUGCACAGCCCCUUAUCACGCCAGAAAAGAGAGUGAAGUUGUGUUUUGUGCAAUGGAAAUGAAAAUUCAAAAUCUUGUAACAAAAUAAAGGAGGAUUAUUGUCCCAAUUAGUAUUAUUAUUCAACAGAUUGAUAAUUUUAAAAUAUUUUUCUUGAAGCUAAAUAUUUUUGGCCAUAAUUACUAAAAAUAAAAAGAAACAUAUGUGUGACAAAUGUCUAUGGAUGCCAUUACAAUCUAUACAGUGAAACCUGGGAAUAGCCCAUCCUUGGUAGCAAUUCAAAGGUAGUGCUAUAUGCACGGAUGAAACUUUUGGCAGGUUCAACCAGAAUGAUGAUCUGGCCCAAUAAUUAGGAAGAAGACAUGUAUAGUGAAAAUAAGAAGAAAUGAGUAAACAAAGAUAGUAUAUAGUUUUCAGAGUAAACAGAGAUGGUAUAUAGUUUUCAUAUGUGUCUAAUAACCACAAAACCAUUGGGGAAACUAAGCAAGGUUUUAUUAAACAUGAAGUCAUUUAUAUCAACAUGUCGGCCUACAUGUACAUGUACAGUAUUUGACAACUCUGUCUGGAACAUGUGCAGUGUGGCCAUUUUGAUUGCCUUGCUUUUACCAUGGAUUGGCAAAAUGUACAUACCGUUCCCAUACAUCAUUCACAGCACUUAGUCUCUUAGCAACAUGCUGUUUCAUCCUGAUUUUAUUUUUUUUUUAAAUUUCUCUUGUAAGCUGAUUAGCCAAGCAAAUGAUCUAGGUCACACCCUGUGCAUGAUGUUAAAAAUUUGUGACAUGGUGUGUGUCAUUCACAGAGAAAAAUACAUAUUGUCCUUCAGAAACCCUUACACACUUAGGAUUUGACAGUAUCGGACUAUUUCCCUAUGUGACGGGACUAUUUCCCCGGUGGGUUUCAUUUAAAAAUUUAUCCAUGUGGUGUGAGAGUUAGUGCUAUUUCAAGGUUUGCAAUUCACAGGUUUUACUGUACUCCAUACUUCAAGACAAAAAGUUAUGACAGAGCUGGGGUAAAUGAUUGAAAUUGUAAGGAAGCUUUUAUUUGCUUUUACAAAACUUUAAAAACAUCCUUUAUUUUUUUUAAACAUAAUUUUUCCAUGUGCAGCAUCAUUGUCGACACUGUGGCAUAGUGGCCUGUAACCCCUGUACGGGCAAACGCUGGCUCCUCCCACAACAGAGCUCUAAACCAAUCAGAGUUUGCCUUACUUGCUACCAGAAAUUAUCCAAUGAAGCCUCAGAGUUUUCAGCAUCCAGAAAGCGUAAGCAAUUUUAAUACUCAUUUCAUAUCUAGUAUUACUCUGAUUGCUUUUUGUCCUUGGCAUGCUAAGAUGACCAAGGCAAUUUUCUACUUGAGUAGUAGCCUUGCUUGAGCUGUAUUUUGUUUAAAGUGUGGGAGAGUUGCUCAAUUCCUCAACCUCACUCUCUCUUCUUUGAUCCCAUGACAAGAAUUAGUCAAGACGACUGGAAAUAGACCAGGAUGCAUUAGAUGACCAGCAGUGAUUUGUUUGUUUGUUUUGUGUUUCACUGUGCUGUUUCUGCGUUCAAUGUUGCAGGAGUUGUUGGAGUUUUCAUUGUGUCAAUGUCAUCUAGGAUAUGAAGGUCAUGUGAGAUGGUCACAUACUACUAGUUACAUUUUUCCUCAACUAACCUCAUAUACAUCAAGUCUUCAAAUUGAAAACUUAUUUUAAUUAAAUCCCUAAUAAGAUAACAAAAUCAACUGAAAUAUUCUUGACUUAAAAUGUUUUAAAUCAGCCCAAGUUGAUUGAUCCAAGUAUUUGUUAGCCUGCCCCCUGGUGCUCUGAUUAGGAUGUUGAGAAUGUUUCAGUUGGAAAGACAGAAUGUCAAAAUUGUUGCUGUAACAAUUCUAAAUUAUUUGUUUACAUUUCUCAGACAUUUAACUACCUGUACUGAAAAAUGGGUGUAUUCCUAGAAUCAUUAACAGGACUGUUACAAUAGUACAUUUGGUAGACUGCAUAUGAUAUUUUUAUGUGAUGUAUCAGUCUGUUAAACUCAGAUUGUUAAACUCAGAUUUAACUGUUUCAACAUAUUUGCUUUUUAACAAAUGUGCUUGCCUUUUUGUGUCUGUAGACUCUGUGAUAACAGGGGGAGAUCAUCCCAAUUCUUCAGGUGAGGACUCUUCAGAAGAUGACGAUGACCCGGCAAGAGAUGGAAUGCCAUCAGCUGAUCAAAUUGCUAUUCAUGAUGUGAGUUUAUACUAUAAACAUUUAUAUACAUAUAUUUUUAAACUAAUAAAUUAAUGCCCUUUUUCUCUUGUAUUUUAGUCAUUCAUGUUAUGAAGAGAUUUAUUAAUUUGAGAAAAUUUAUGUACGAAAUUUUAUUUAUCACCAAUAAUAAUUCUCUUGUUGUGCUGCGUUUAAUAAGUGUGGUAAAAAAAAUUUCCAUAAGUUAAAAAUAAUUUGGAUUCUUAUAAAGUGCGUCACUUGAAGCAUAUUUGAUCAAGUAACUUUAUUUUAGGAAUCUCAUGCAUUGCCGCCACCAUUGUUGGUCAGUUUAUUUCUGGUAACUGAAUCAUAAAAGUUGUAGAACAUAAUUGGUUUAUACGUAUCAUUUCAGGCACACUUUCAAAGUUAUGAUUAGCAGACUUCAACUUUACAAUGAGCAAAGAGUGUCCACUCUACUUAAUGAGGGGAUAGAGGUGACCAGUCCUGGACAUCAAUGAUAAUAACGUCUCCAUCCAAGUGUGUUUGUGUUCAGUGUGGGGAUUUUUAAAAAUAGAUAUGUAGUUUUCAUUAACCCUCAUCAUUUAGAAAUAAAUAUUUAAAAAAAAAAUAAAGCUCCUAUGACAAUAAAAGCAUCUGUGUAUGAAGAAGAUAGACUGUCUUUAAGUUCAACUCUUUGAAAUGUAUUAGACAAAACAUUGAUCAACUUUUCAAUCAAAUGCCAUGAUUUAUGGAAAAGAAACCAAUAACUUCCAAUAAGUCUUAUUUAGAAAAUGUUCAAGCUCAUUCCACCCCCUCUCGGCUACAGGGAUGUGAAUCAAAAACUUGUACUGUUGGGGUCAGUCAAAGGAAGGAUUUGAUUACAUUUGAACAUUCUACCUACACCCGGGUAUAUUGUUAGUGUAUCUGGUUAUGUCUUUUUCUAGACCCCCCUUUUAUCGCAAUUUUUUUAAAUGUAUUUAUUUUUUAUUCCUUUUUGAUUUUAGGUAUUGUGGUGGG